AUGGAGGAGUUAUGGGCGGAGGAAGCUUCCGACGAAACCAGCGGAGCAACGCGGAAGCCACGGAGAAAUCGUAACAUCAUUCGACGCGCGCGAAACGUGUCCUCCGACCUCCCCUCGCUGCGCAGCACGCAGGGAGACGAGAAGCCGGGGAACGUGGACAGCGGACGCGCCUCGAUCGGCGGGCCCAAGCCGCCGCCGUGGGAGGGUGAAGCUCCGGUCUCCGCGGAAUCGCUGCAGGAGGGCGACGUCUCCGCCGCGAGGCCGUCGAUUAUCAGCCGACGCCCCGCCGCGACGGCGAUCCGCAAGUUGCGUAUUUUCUCCAACCGCGGCGGCCGGGAUGCUGCUGCCCUCGCCGCCGCGUUCGCUGCGACGGCGGGAUCUUCCGCAACUGGCGCGGCGGCGUCCCCUCCAGCGGGAAACGGCGUGGCGGCCGAAGAAGUCGAGGGCGUUUCUGCGCAGCCGAGCCGCGGCACGCGCGACAGAUUGACGGCGAAAUCCGCCGGCGGCGGCGGGACGAUUCUGAAGUCUUCUCCACAGCGGCGGCGGGGACGGGCUGGAGGUGCGGUGAGGCGGCGGAUCCGCCGAAGCUUCAGCGAGUGCGAAGAGGAGCCUGCGGCGACGGUUGUUCCGUUCGUGCGACGAGAGUCGCAACGGCCGUCGCGAGAGUCGUCGCAGCCGUCGCACAUCAUCAUGCGAAGUCUUAGCAGCGGUGACGGACGACAAGAAGCUGCAGGGCAGGAAAACGCCGACGCGCUCCGUGCGCCGCCGCGUUCGGGCGACGCUAGCGAAAUGACGAAACGUAGUGGCGAAACGGGUGGCGAAGAAUCUCGGUGGCGAAACGGAGGGCAGAGGGCCGCGUCGUAUCACGAGGAGCUGGCUUCGGAUCUGGUGGAAUAUUUUGGCGAAAUCGCGCAGUCCUGGAGCAUCGAGGGCUCCAGCCGCGAGUGCGACUUGGCUGUAGGAGCGGAAGCUGUUGGAGCUGCAGUCUACCAGGAAGGCAUCGGCGCUAGCAUUGUGCAAGAGUCAGAAGCUUGGGUUGGACCCCCCUUGUCCAUGGCAAUGCAGCUACGCGCGUCUCCAGCGGAACGGACCGUGGCGAAUCGUGGAGCUGUCCGAUCCCGCAGAGCACACAUGCGACCGCCGCAUGCGGGCCCGGUGGUGGCCGGGCUGAAGGUAGGCAUCACGGCGCAGCGAUUCGGCGACUGGUGCGAGUCUUUCCGCUACAUUCCGGCGGUGCAAGAGCGCAUUCGGCGGAUCGACAGCGGAGCAACCGUGGAGCUUCUGACGUACAACCACGAAUUUCUCCGCUUCUUCAUGGCGCCGAGUGCAACACGCGAAGCGCUGAAGACCUGCAGGCCUGUCAUCGCAAUGGACGGGACUUUCCUGAUCCGUGCUCAGAAGGCUACCCUGCUGUACGCCAACGCGAUGGACGGCAAUCAGCAGAUCAUCCCCAUCGUGUGGGCCCUCGUAGAGAGCGAAACCAAGGACACAUGGACGUGGUUUUGCCGUCUCUUUGACAAGCACUGCUCCGACUGGAAGGGACGGGACGACGCGGCCAUCAUCAGUGACCGGGACAAAGGUCUCAUCCCGGCGGUGAAGGAAGUGUUCCCUGAGACUCCGCACUACUUUUGUGGGUGGCACAUGCAGCAGAACGUGAAGCGGUUCGGGAAGACUUCCUCGGACAUGUUGUGGCGGCUUUUGACAGCCCGGACAUUGGAGAAGUACAACGAGCUCAAGGUCGGAGCACGGGAAUCCCAUCCCCUGCUCACGACUUACCUCUACGGUCCGGCGCCUCUGGCCGACGCGCCUGGUCCAAACCCCACUCCACCAGCUGGUUUCCGUAUUCGCCGUCGCAACGUGCAGCAAACACGCCGGACGCGUGCGACCGCCAACAACAUUGCGGCCGAAGCGGCUGCAGCACGGUGUCGUGCUCGCCAGGCACAGUCGCAGCGAAGCGGCCGCCGACAGAGACAGAGCGGCGAAGGACGACCACCUCCGAAUGCCGCGGCGGCGGGGCCGUCCGGAGCGCCCCGGCCGUCCACAGCACCGUCGCCCGCUGCUGCGACCCACCCAGCCGCUGCACAUGCAUCAUCCGCCACGCCAGGCCCGUCUGCAACGCCAGGGCCGUCCGCAGCGCCCCGCCCUUCCACAUCACCGUCGCCCGCUGCUGCGACCCGCCCAGCCGCUGCACAUGCAUCAUCCGCCACGCCAGGCCCAUCUGCCGCGCCCGGGCCCUCAGCUGCGCCCCUUCCGUCCACAGCACCGUCGCCCGCUUCAGCGACACGCACAUCCGGGGCACCUGCAUCAUCCGAGUCGGCAAGCCCAUCGGCAGCGCCAGGGCCGUCCGCAGCGCCACCCCCAUCCGCAGCACCGUCCCGCGCUUCUGCGACCCACCCUUCAGCUGCACCAGCAUCUUCCGCAUCGCCAUGUGGACCCGCAGUCCCGAGGCCCACCGCAACCCCUCGCCCGGCCACUACUGAAGGACCAUCCACAACGCCGUCACCAACCACUCCGUACGACCCAUCUGAUGCAACAGGUUCGUUUGAAUAA